AUGUCCAGUGCAGCUUCUGUAAAAAAUGCUAUAUCACCAAUUGAAUCAAUUGAACUUCUAAAAUUAAUUAAAUCACUCAGAGAUUUUACCUUUACGGCUAUACAAUCUAACUUUAGAUAUUAUGUACCUAGAGAAUUGAUUUAUUCAUUUUCUACUUCUGUAAAAAAGGGAAUUUUUAAACUUUUUAAGAAUUUUCAGUUUUCACUAUAAUGCAAGAGGCUGAUAGAUGAAUACAUCAAAGAAUUAAUUAGAAAGAGAUGCAGUCGAUUAUUUAUAUCAAAAGGUAUUCUAUAUUUUAAAUAAAUCCAUAUUAAUUUAUUAAUAAAUUAUUUUUUAGGAUCAGUGAAUUUCUGA